AUGAUGGGGAAGGUUCCCUCGUUCUCCCCCAGCUCCACAGUGAGCUCCGCUCUGCCUGGCUACGUCGCUCUCUGCCUUACUCUACAGGUUCACAGGCUGGCAUCAGCACAGUUCACAGUGACUGGACCUGACCAUCCAGUCACUGCCUCCCUAGGGGGUGAGGCCAUCCUCCCCUGCUACCUCUCCCCCAGGAUGAGCGCUGAGAACAUGGAGGUGAGAUGGUUCCGAUCCAAGUACUCUGAAGUUGUGCACCUGUACCUUGAUGGGAACGAUCAGUAUGGAGAGCAGAUGCUGGAAUAUGAAGGGAGAACUGAGCUCUUGAAAGGCGACAUCACCAAUGGGAGAGUUUUCCUGAGAAUACGCGAUAUCCGACCCUCUGAUGAUGGGCAGUACACGUGUUAUUUUGACUCCAGUGUCUAUUAUGAAGAAGCUCUAUUGGAACUGCAGGUGGCAGAUAUGGGCUCUGCUCCUGUCAUCUCUGUGGUGGGACAUCAGGAAGGAGGGAUCCAGGUUGUGUGUCGAUCAUCCGGAUGGUACCCACCACCCAAGGCUCAGUGGAGAGAUCUCCAGGGCCAGCUCUUACCAUCAGCCUCUGAAGAAAUAACCCCAGAGGCCAAUGGCCUGUUUCAAACAGAAAUUGCCAUUGUUCUGACAGAAGAGUCCAACCAGAAAGUGUCCUGCUGUGUCAGGAAUCCCCGACUCAACCAGGAGAGAGAGUCAGUGAUUUCCAUAGCAGAGCUGUUUUUCCCACGAGUCAAUCCCUCAAAAGUGGCUUUCUGGGUGAUCCUGGCUCUCCUGGCUGUUCUCAUGGCCCUGGCCGGUUACUGCUUCUGGAGGCGACACAGAGCAACAGAGAUUCUGCAAUCUGAGAUGGAGAGCGAGAAAGAGACCCUGCUGUCUGAACGGGAACAAGAGAAAGAAACCCUGCAAUCUGAGAUGAAGAGGCAGAAAGCGGAAUAUGAGGCAGUGAAAGAACUGGGACUCACCAGAGCCCGAGGAUACGCAGUGGACGUGACUCUGGAUCCAGACACGGCAAAUCCCAACCUCGUCCUGUCUGAGGGUCGGAAACAUGUGAAACAUGGAAACUGGGAUCCACCCAACAAGUCUGAGGGAUUUGAGCAUGAUAUCUGGGUACUGGGCGCUGAGGGGUUCACGGAUGGGAGGCGUUACUGGGAGGUGGAGGUGGGAGGCAAGAUAGGCUGGUACCUGGGGGUUUGUAGGGAACCUGUGAGCAGGAAGGAGAAGGUCACACUCACACCUGAGGAUGGAUACUGGGUCGUGUGGCUGAAGGGUGGGGUAUACCAGGCCCUCACCUCCCCCUCGACCUCCCUCCCCGUGAGCAUCAGGCCCAGCCGGGUGGGGAUUUUCCUGGACUAUGAGGCGGGAGAGGUCUCGUUUUACAAUGUGACUGACAGGUCCCGUCUCUUCACUUUCACUGACACCUUCUCUGAGACGCUCCGCCCUUAUUUCAGUCCUGGUUACUAUGUUUGGGGUACAAACGCGGCUCCCCUGAAAAUCUGCCCGGUCCCAGCUCAGGCCGGAGGGACUCUCUCUCCCUGA